AUGGUCACAAAGAGCAAGUUGAAAAUGGCACUUGCCGCCGAAAAGGGUACCGACUUUAAGAAGCUGAAGCAGGAGCGGAAGCGCAAGAAGGCUCUCAAGCAGCAAAAGGCCCAGCGCGUGGCAGAGCAGGAAGAAGACAAAGUUGAAGAAGAGGCUGAGGGGGAGGAAGAGGAGUCUGACAACGAUUAUGAGGAAGAGGAAUAUGAGAAAUAUGGCGGGAUGAACCUUCAAGGCAUUGACGACAGCGACUCUUCAGACUCGUCGGUAGACAUGGAGGAGAGGUUACCGCGGAAACCUAAGAAGACCGAGACGGCUCCAGCGAAGAAGACUCCCGCAAAGAAGUCGAACGGAAAGGCUGCGCCGAUGGCCACCGAAGACGACGAGAAGGACGAGGAGGACGAGGAAGAGGAGGAAGAGGAGGAAGAGGACGAGGAGGACAUACCCAUCUCGGACCUUGAGGAUCUCGACGAUGAGGACAAGGAGGACCUGAUCCCGCACACGCGUCUGACUAUCAACAACACGUCAGCGCUUCUCGCGGCCCUGACGCGGAUAGGCAUCCCGACGGACUCGUCGGUCCCCUUUGCCACCCACCAGACGGUCAUGUCGGCCGAACCCACGGCCGCGAGCAUCCCUGACGUGUCCGACGACCUACAGCGCGAGCUGGCCUUUUACACGCAGAGCCUCGAGGCCGUGCGCAAGGGCCGCACCAAGCUUCUGUCCGAGGGCGUGCCCUUCUCCCGCCCCAAGGACUAUUUCGCCGAGAUGGUCAAGGAGGACGCUCACAUGGACAGGGUUAAGGCCAAGCUCGUAGAGGAGGCUUCGGCCAAGAAAGCUUCCGCCGAGGCGCGCAAGCAGCGUGAACUCAAGAAGUACGGAAAGCAGGUCCAGGUUGCCAAGCUUCAGGAGAGACAAAAGGCCAAGAAAGAGACCCUCGACAAGAUUAAGACUCUCAAACGCAAGCGCCAAGAGUCCGGGUCAAAUGACAAAACCAACGAAACCGACCUAUUCGACGUAGGCGUCAACAAGGAACUGGCCAAGUACGGCAACAAGUCCAGCGCAGGCAACCGCUCCGGCGCCGGCCGCGGCAACAUUGGCGGUGCCAGCGGCAACCCCAAGCGCCAGAAGAAGAAUGAAAAGUACGGCUUCGGCGGUAAGAAGCGCCACUCAAAGUCCGGGGAUGCUACCAGCUCCUCCGAUCUAUCUGGCUUCAACGCCAAGAAGAUGAAGGCCGGUAGUGGGAAGGGCAGGGUCACCAAGGCUUCUGCUUCCAGGCCAGGCAAGGAUAGGCGCAAUGCAAUGGCUCGUCGAUAG